AUGCAGUCGCAAAGUCAGUGGUAUCUGGAUGCGCAGGCCAGUUCCUCGGCCAAUUCUGCCGAAGACGCCUUCAAAGAGGCGCUUGCCAUAUUCCAGCUGGAUCCCCGCACUUGCGCAAGAUUCAACAGAGUGCAGCAACUCCAAAGCCUCAAUGACCUGGAGAUCAUUCUCAACGAUGCGCGGUCCAAAUAUGAGCAACAACACGAAGGAAAAAAGGUUGCCAAGUGGUUGUCGCUUUUUUCGUCGCGCAUCUGCUAUUACGGUCAAAUCUUCGAUGUCCUUGUUCAGCAUCAUCCCGAGUACAUCAGCCUAGCAUGGGGAGCAAUGAAGUUUCUCUUCGUCUUAGUAGAGAACCAUGGGAAGCAACUGCGAGUCCUUGCAAAAGGGUUGAGCCAAAUCGCGGAUGUGCUACCACACAUAGAGUUCGCCAAUGCUCUCUACCCCACCGCCCGCAUGCAACAGGCGGUAUCCGAAAUCUAUAGCAGAAUCAUUCGAUUCUUCCUCCGAGCGGAACGCUGGUUCCAGCAAAGCAAACUACGCCAUACGUGGGAAGCUUUGAGUCGACCCACUGAGCUCUACUAUAGUGACUUGAUCCAAGAUGUAGGGGAGUGCACGAAGGCCAUCGAAGUAUUAGCGAAUGCAGGGGCACAAGCGGAGCAGCGCGACAUGCACCUGGAGAUACAGGAGUUGAACAAGAGGCUUCGAAGUUCAGAACAAAUGCUUCAAGAAAUGCGAGGGUUACUCAUCUCAUACCAGUCAAUCCAAACAAGUGCAAAUCUAGACACCAAUCAGCGCCUGACUGAUCUCCAGCUGAACCAAAUUAUGGACUUCCUCUCGGGUGCCAAUGCGUUGGAUCCGCUAAAAGCCUUGCAAUACCGCGCCUUUAUGCGCGCUCGCACCAGGCGUCGGCAAACAAGAGCAGAUGCAGGGUCGCAAUUUUGGUUAAAUCCGAAAUUCAGCGCCUGGGAGUCCGCAUCAUCACCGACUAUGGUCAUGGUGAAAGGCGAGUACAGUACGCGGUUCCAAGUCCAGAGUUUCGCCGUUGACGUCAUCAACGAUCUUCGCAAUCGGACCGUACCCACACUUUGGGCCCUGAAGUCGGUACCGGCGGAUGGCGCAACUUCCGCGUCAGCCAUAGAUAUCAUCAAAGGCUUGAUAUGUCAGGCUAUACAGCUCAAAAUCUCACAGCAUACAGAACGCUCACUUGCGCUGAGUUGUGCGCAGUUUCGCGCAGCGGAUUCCAUCGAGCAAUGGCUUGAUCUCCUAGCACGUACCAUUGCGAGCUUCCCGCAACUCUACAUUAUUGUUGACUUGGAAUCUGUGGGAGGUUCGUAUCUCGAUGGUAUCUCUUGGCUUACUCAGCUGGCUGCUAUGUUCCGACGACACAACUCCGGAAAGUGGAUAUCCCGGCUCAAGAUCUUACUCGUCAGUUACGGAUCUAUGAUGCGGCAACGAGACGAUCUACUUAACUUCCGCGAUAUCGUCGUUCCUGUAAAAUCAUCUCACGCGAGUGUAAUGCUUGCAGGAUGUCCACCAGGAUCCAUUUCGCCAGGUCUCAGGCGAUCGCGGCCUGUGAGAGGAAACAUGCGCACCCGUUUUGGCGGCAGUCGAGCGCGCCAUUCUACACCUGUAGGAAGCUGA